AUGGAGAGUUCGAGCGAUAAUAGCAUGAUGUCGACGUCUUCCGAUGAUCUCGUUUCAUCGUUUGAGCAAAGUCAACAAGGACAACAAGCAUCGCCAGCGACUACUGACAAUAAUGCUUGUCCGACAGUCUUGUUGAUACGUCGAACGAUGUCGGUUGAUCAAGGUCCUGGCAUGGUCAACGAUGACGACAACGACGACGACGACGACAGUGACGAAGACAACAACAACCAGCAAAAGUUCAUUCAGGCAUUCCGGGAACGUGUUGUGGAGCUUAUUAUCUAUAGCAUGGGAGAUGACGAGGAACGACAACGACAUGAUCCCACUAGGACGUCCGUCAUCAGUAAGGAUUGUGUCAUUGCGAACGAAAAAGAUGGAGAACGAGGAGGAGAAGGCGAAAAAGAAGAAGAAGAUGGUGGUGACUGUUCUUCGAUGUAUAAACCUUGCACGUUUCGGCCAAAUAGUAUCAAUAGUGAACGACGUCGACGAAUUCUACCAGCUUAUCCACUGGCAAGAAACAACAGUCUGGAUCGAACAUUAUUGCUUCUGUGUAAUGUGCCUCAUGUCAAUCGAGAGAUGCUCGAGGACAAUUCAUUUUGUGGUGGUCAUGGCUUUUGUCCGUUCAACUUCGUGCAGCAUCGAUACGUUGAAACGAUAGACUCGUUCAUGAUCGAUCUCUAUCGAGAUCUGUUCGAGCGGCCAAGUCAACAAUGGAAAAUUCCGUAUUCCAUCAUUGACUACAAUUUAAGUCGACUUCGAACAAGCAUGCAAUUGUACACGCAACAAACGAAUGAGCCAGUAUUGGCAUCGCUGAGUGAGUGGCCUCUCGCACUGGAAUUCUUCCUACAGAUUGAUGUCGAUGUAUUCUUUAUGAAAACAUGCUGUUUUCGUGGUUCUGAACCUCGACUAUUUCCUGGCAAGCAGGAGAACGACAAGGAUGGAAAUCAAUACGAAGGCAUCAUAUGUCAAGGUAAGCCCGUGGCACGAUAUGGACUGACGCCGUGUUACGAGACAAGUUGUACUCUGUGUCGGCCGAGUCUCGAAGCGAUUAGCAAGUCAAGCAGAUCAAAAGGUGCCGUUUCAUUUUCUCCUACGAAAAGUCAUCGUUUUGUUAACAAUUACGAGGCUUUUCUCAAUUGCAAUGCAACUUGCAAAUCAUCGAAUGUCAUCUACGCGCUGACAUGUCGUUGCGGAGCGUGUGACUUCAUUGGUUCUACAGGAAUGAAUUUUCACGAUCGAAUACUACAACACCGUCAAGACAAUAAUCGAGUUGUGCGGGAGUUUCUUGUCGGAUCAAUUAAUACUGAUCAUAUCAUGCUAGAUAAAUAUCGGUCAGCAGGGAUAGCGGCAAAGAACGAGGUUUUCCUCUAUCAACAUUCAGCACGGUGUGCAACAGGGCUACCACUCGUCUUCGACAGCAAUCCUGAAUAUCGGUGUCUGGUGCCGGCGGUAUGGGUUAAGGCGAGAGAGGCGGACACAAGCGGUGGUCGCACGUCAGAAGGUUCCAUUCAUCGAUGGUCAACUGUUCGACCUCCUCAGUCGUCGUCGUCGCCACCAGCGGCGUGUACGAAGAGACCGAGAUUAUUCGAAGAUGUCCUGACCAAUACGACACGCAGUGAAGACGAGUGCAGUUGGUUAUGCAAAGGUGUACCCAAGCCGCCAAUCGAUUUCUAUUUGUACACAAUCGUAGCCGCGUUGCCUGAUGAAUGUUCCUAUGAACUUCGACGAUCCAUCGAAGCACUAUUCAUUACUCAUGUCGAAUCACGAUUGAAUACAAUUGGUCGUCUCACACACAAAGGUGCAUGGCCUGUACCGGUAGAUGAUUCGAAUCGUGGUCAAUGGUGUGAGAAACUUGUUCGUCCAUCAUCAGCAUCAGCAUCAUCAUCAUCAUCGUCGUCGUCACGUAUUUCAUGA